AUGGAAGAAGCUCAUGGGGUGGGACAUGUGGGCGUUGCUCAGAUGAUGAGAAACCUUGACCAUUGGUGGCAUCCUUUUCUUAGAGACAUGGCCCAGUAUUUGAUCAAAACCUGUGAGCAAUGUACGAAAUGUAACCCCAGACCAACUAUUAAACCAGAGCUAGGAAGGUACCCCCUAGAGGCCAAACCAGGAAAAGAGAUUAUCAUAGACUACACAGAUAUGAUAGACUCAGUCAGGGGUUACAGGUAUGUACUGAUGUGUGUAGAUGCGUACACAGGAUGGCCCGAAGCCUGGCCAACCAAAAAAGAGGACAGUAAGUCGGUAAUAAAGUUUCUGGUAAAUCAGUACAUCCCCAGACAUGGUUUCCCUGAAAAAAUCAGGUCAGACAAUGGUACACAUUUCAAAAAUCAGGACCUCCAAAAGGUGGAGGCCAUGCUGGGGCUUAAACAUGCAUUUGGUACAGUGUAUCAUCCUCAGUCACAAGGUAAAGUGGAAAGAAUGAAUCAAACCUUAAAAGUCAAAUUGGGCAAAAUCUGUGCACAGACCAAAUUGAAUUGGCUAGAUGCUUUACCACUAGCUCUAAUGUCUAUCAGAAGCUCAGUAAACCAGACCACAAGGUUUACACCGCAUGAGUUGCAAACAGAGAGAGCGUUUCCCGGACCACAUUCCAGACUUCCUUUGGUUCAGCAUGAGGAACAAAACCUAACCUCUAAAGUUUUUUUUCACGAACUGCAGGGCUUAGUGUCAGCAUUCUCCAGACAGGUCACAAACCAGCAGGAAGCAGGAAACCACACUCCAUCUCCAGAAGCAGAGUGGGUCCUGCUUAAGGUCGUCAAAAGGAAGUGGUCGGAGCCACGGUGGACUGGACCAUUCCAGGUAACAGAGAGGACCUCCCACGCCGUCCGCCUGAAGGGAAAAGGAGACACCUGGUUCCAUUGGAGCCAGUGCGCAGCAGCUGAGGAGCCACAGCGUUCCUUGAGCGAGAUUCAGACGAAUCUCCAAGAGAAGAGCACUGAGUCGGCUGACUCAGAAACAGAUCCCACCAACAAAGGGGCAGAAUAAUCCCCUGGUGGCGAUCCAAGGCUCCAGGGUAGUCUACCCCUGGAGUCCGAAGAAAGAAGAUCAUCAGAAGGGAGGAGGUGAAGAGGCGCUCCUCUCCUGCAUGUGACGUGCCAAGUCACCAACCCGAAGA